AUGGACGGCUGGAGUCGGGCGGCCGCCUGUGGGAAGCUUCUGGUGGCGCUCUAUGUGCUGCACAAGCUGCCCCGGCUCCUCCGGUACUGGCCUGCGAGGCCGCUGGGGCCGCGUGCCCUCGCUCCGGGCGGCGCGGGUCCGCCGUUCCUGCGGUGGUCGGCGUGUCGCCUGGCCGAGGCCAUCCGACGCCGGGAGCUGACCGCGGAGCAGGUGGUGGACGCAUUCAUCCAGCGGCUGCAGGACGUGGAUGUGCACCUCAACGCACUGGUAGCUGAGCGCUUCGAUGCUGCGAGGCAACAGGCGCGAGAGGUCGACCGCCGCAUCGCAUCUGAGAAGGGCGAGUUGCCGCCCUUCCUGGGUGUGCCGAUUGUGGUGAAGGAAGCCUUCGAGUACCCUGGCUUUCCCUACACCAACGGCUUGCUCAGUCGCAAAGGUCGCCUGGGCGUGAAAGCAGGGUACGCCGUGCAGCGCGUGGAGGCGGCGGGGUUUCUGGUGCUGGCCACCACCAACAUCUCGGAGGCCUGCAUGUGGAUGGAGUCCUACAACCUGGUGUACGGCCGCGUGGCGUCGCCCUUUGGGUCCCACUUGAGCCCCGGGGGCUCCUCCGGCGGCUCCGCGGCGCUGGUGGCGGCGCUCGGCGUCCCCGUGGGCCUCACCGCGGACAUCGGGGGCUCCACGCGGAUCCCGGCGCUGCUCAACGGCCUGUUUGGGCACAAGCCGACCGGCGGCAUCAUCCCAAACCACGGCACACACCUGGAGGAGUUCCAUGGAGCGGUGUGCCGCAUCUGCCAAAUGGGCGCCGUGGCUCGGCACGCCGAAGACUUGGCGCCUCUGCUGCGGAUCAUGGCCGGGCCCCCGAGCCCCGAGGCGCGUUUGGCCCACGAGUACCGCGCCUGUCCCGCUUGGCGUGGCUUGGAACCCGAGUUGGGAUCGAUGACGGUGGGCUCGCUGUCUUUCAGAGGCGGCCUUCCCUCUGCCCAGGAGCUGAUGAUCUCCAGCGUGGGCAAAGGACAGCAGCGGGCGCAGCAGCGGGUCAUCCACUGGCUCGAGACCCAGGGCUGCAAGAUUCAGCCGCUGUUUUUCGAGGACCUGGCUGUCGGAGAGUGGUUCGACUGCUGGAGCACCCGGGUGCAGGGCGCGGGCACGGCGCGGUUCAGAGAGGUGCUGUGCCAGUCGAAGGACUGCUUCGGCCCGGCCGAGGUCCUGCGCUACUUGGCCGGUUAUUCGCCGCACACCUUCCCUGCCCUGGGCUUGGCCUUCCUGGAGGACUUGGUUGAGAGCUUCUCGCCCCCCAUGGAGCAGCGCUUGGCGCGAGCGCAGCAGCUGGAGGACCUGCUGAGAUCGCAGCUGGCGCAGUGCCAGGUGCUAAUAAUGCCGACGCUGCCACGGCACGGCCUCGUGCACGAUGAGCCAUUGCUGAGGGUCCUUGACAGCUGCUUCACAUCGAUUUGGAACGCCAUGGAGUUCCCGUCCACAGCGGUGCCGGUGGGGCUGCACCAGGGCGCCCCGGUGGGCGUGCAGAUCGUGUCGCUCCCCGGCCACGACGAGCUGACCAUCGGCGUGGCCCGGGCGCUGGCGGCGGCUGGGGUGGCGCAGUGCGUGGCGCCCGAUGAAGCCUAG